UUCGGAUCACAUGACCCCCUCUCCUCCAGACUGCAUGCAGUUCAGUAUUAAAAUGUUUUCUGUACCCCCAACCAUUGUGUUGCACAUUUCACAUGAUUGGUAGAUGUUGAGAUAUUUUAAGGGAUUAAACUUCCCACUGCUAACGGGGACUACCGACAGAAGCGGUGACGAAGGUUAUAUCUGUUAUAUUUUUUGGAGUCUGUGUCUAAAGGAGUGAGGAGCUGCUGCAGGCAAACAAGCUAGCGUCAGCUAACAGGUCCGACAGCGACGAGGCCCCAACCGGACGGGAACACUGGGGAACCAUGGCCAACAUCGCAGUUCAGAGGAUAAAACGGGAAUUCAAGGAGGUGCUUAAAAGCGAAGAGACAAGCAAAAACCAGAUAAAGGUAGACCUGGUGGAUGAGAACUUCACGGAACUAAAAGGGGAGAUAGCAGGGCCACCGGACACGCCGUAUGAAGGAGGUAGAUAUCAACUAGAAAUUAAAAUUCCUGAGACGUAUCCAUUCAAUCCACCUAAGGUGCGGUUUAUCACAAAGAUUUGGCAUCCCAACAUCAGCUCAGUCACGGGUGCUAUAUGUUUGGACAUUCUUAAAGAUCAGUGGGCAGCAGCUAUGACACUGAGGACGGUCCUCUUGUCGUUACAAGCCUUACUGGCAGCUGCAGAGCCAGAUGAUCCACAGGACGCAGUGGUAGCCAAUCAGUACAAGCAGAAUCCAGAGAUGUUUAAACAGACAGCGAGACUCUGGUCUCACGUCUAUGCAGGCGCUCCCGUCUCCAGUCCGGAGUACACACGCAAAAUAGACAAACUCUGUGCCAUGGGCUUCGAAAAAAAUGCAGUAAUAGUGGCGUUGUCGUCAAAAUCCUGGGACGUGGAGACAGCGACAGAGCUCCUGCUCAGUAACUGAGUUUCGCCACCCCCUUCAUCUUCCUCUCGAUAGUCAUCUCUCUCUUCACAAAAACAUCCUCUCUCCUCCAAACCCCCGCUGUCUGAAGGCAUCUCUUCCUCCACCCCACCCUCUGUUUCCAUUGGACACUCCAUGUCUUCUCCAUCCCCUCGGUGGGGCUUCUUCCCUCUGCAUUCAUCACCUCAGCUGUGCCACACUCCAAUCAACCGCUGUGUGAGCUCUGACCUCAGUUUUUUUUUUUUAAGCCCAUUCAACAUUCCGCUCAGUGCUACAAUCAGAAAUCCACCCACCUCUCACCCCCUUUGAAACAAAUGCCAGACUUAACAGCACCGCCCUCGUCUGUCAGUCUUAUCUCCAGGCUUUUCUGGCUGUGUCCAAGAAGCAGCUGUCAGCGGCUUAUCUUUGCCUAUGCAGUGCAUUUAUUUUCUUUCGUGAUGACCUUUUGUUGGAGAGAGUCAAGCCAUCCAAGGGGGCAUUUCUGGACCUGAUGUGACAUACUUAUGGGCCUGUUUUCUAAACGGGAAUCAAGCCAAGUCAUAAACUUUUAAAUUGGUGUCUUUAAUAAACUUUUCUAGCUCUGUAUUCAAACCCGCAUCUUACGACCACACCCAAAUUCAUUCAGAGACCUCUUAACAGAAAUUGGGUAAACUAUAGUGAAUGAAUUGGCUUUCAAACACGUUGGGUGUGCCGCUGAUAAGCCAUCACCUCCCGCUAGCAAAGUGUUUCAGUGACGACAUUGUGCUUUUUCCCUUUCUUUUUUUUAAAGAAAAAAAAUCAAAGAAAAAUCAUUUUUAUCUUACUCAAGCUUGAGUCAAACACAUGAGGCAUCACACUGUAGAGGUUGGCUUAUUCUGUGUUCUGGGAACCAGGUAAUUAAGGGUUUUAGAGAUGUUCAUACUGUAGCCAUAGGUAUAGUAAUGCCUGGCUCCUCACCCCCCCCCCCCCCC